AUGGCGGAACCGACCUUGAGCAAGGAACCAGAGGCAACGAUGACGAACCUCAACGCUCUGUUUCCUCAAACGGCUUUGAUGAAACUGCAGCAGAGUAUGGUGGAAGGGAAGGAAAAGGCGCCUCCCGCUGGACCGUCCAGCGGAAAGCAAAUCGCAGCAGCGAAGGAGACGGACGAUCUUUGGUCUCAAGCAGUCGCGGAUCAAUUGCAGCAGCCACAGCAGGAGAACAAGCAAGAUGGAGACGGCUGGUGCGUGGUGCCACCGAAGAAGGAGAAGAACAAGAAAAAUCCCAAGAAAGUGAGUUCAAGUUCGGCUGGUUCAUCGGGUGCAUCGGGUUCGGUCGAUCCGAAGUUUUUGCGUCCGCGAACUCCGCGUCCGACCGCUAUCAGUGAUGCGCAGCGGAACAGAGACAGAAGUCGAUCGGCACCGAAGAACGGCGACUCGAAGAAGCCGAAGAUCAUCGUGACGGCAGAGACGAACGAGGAAGCCAAGCAGCCGAGUAGUGGUGAGAUGGAUGUGGAUGGCGUCGACGAAAUGAAGCGGUUGUUUUUUCUGCUAUUUUCGUGGCGCGGCUUACGGAUAGAGGUGGAAGAAUCCUCCGACGGGGACGAGUUUCGUUCCGUAAAUGGAACAGGGAAGCGAAGGAAGACCAGCAACGGAGCCGUUGUCGGGGAUGGCCCAGAGGAGAAUUUUCUCAACAACAACAAGUUCAGCCCGCUGGCGGGGAACAACAACUACAACAAUAACAAUGGUAUCCCAGCCGGGAAAGGAAGCGUCCCACCGGUUCCAGUGGUUCCAGUGGCCAAGAAACCACCUCCUCUAGUGGUAAAGAAUACGAGCUACGCCAAGCUGAGGACUGUAAUGUCGCCGUGCACAACCAAACCAAGUUCCUCCGAGGAGCGUUUUGAGACCGCGCGGGCCCACUUGAUUGUGAACAAAGUGGAGUUCUACACCCACGAGAAACGAAGCGAGCGGCAACUCCGCGUCGUCGUCCGAGGACUUCCGUCGGCUUCACCUGAAUUGGUCAAGAAGAACCUCAAGGAAUCGCAAAACCUGGAUGCUGUGGAGGUGCACGCCAUCAAGAGAAAGGGAGAGUUCGCCUCAUCAGAGGAAACCCCGUACAUUGUUACGUUUCCCAAGGGGUACACCAGCCUCAAGUAG